AUGUCCUUGGUCGCUUCUUCUCAACAACCACCUCUGGUUCCUGCCAUUUCUUGUCUAUGCUUCAAUAAGGAUCGUUCACUUGCAGCCUUAUCUCCAGCAAAUUCUGAAAUUCACAUUUAUGACACUUGUCAGUCUGAAAGUUUUCAAGAUUGGACACUUCAACAUGUCCUUUCCGAACAUGCGAGUUACAUUACUGCACUCGAUUGGGCUCCAAAUUCCAACAAGCUCUUGUCUUGCUCCCAAGAUAAAAAUUGCUUUGUUUGGGAAUUUCAUUCAUCUGAAAACAACGACAAAGGAGAAUGGAAACCAAUUCCUGUGUUAAUAUACAUUUCAAAAUCUGCAACAUGUUGUAAAUGGUCUCCCGAUGAAUCUCGUUUUGCUGUGGGAAGCUCUUCGAAAACUGUUUCUAUUUGCUGCUAUGAUAAGGAAAAUAGAUUUUACUAUUCAAAACGAUUUACCAAACAUAAAAGUACUGUCACUUGUCUCGCAUGGCAUCCACACGAUCCAACACUGCUUUUGACCGGAUCAUGUGAUUUCAAAAGUCGAUUAUUUAAGGUGCAUAUGAAUGAAUUGGAUGGUAAAAACCCUAACAAAGAUCAAAAAUUUGGAGAUUGUUUGGCAGAAUUCCACUCCAAAGGUUGGCUCCAUGAUGUUCAAUUUUCACCCAGUGGACGAUGGAUUGCAUUAGUGGCUCAUGAUUCUACGGUUCAGUUUGUGGAUUUGAAUAAUUUUGAUUUCAAAAACCAAUUAGCUCAACCAUUGCACUCGGCUCAAAUUGUUCGACAUUCCAAAUUACCAUUCACGAGAGGUCUCUUUUUAUCGGAUCAUUCAUUCAUUGCUGUUGGUCAUGAUUGUGUACCUUAUGCUUUUGCUUUGCAAGAAGGAACUUCUCAAUGGAUUCUCAAAGGAUCGUGUGACGAUGGAAAAGGUGUGACAACUCCUCAAUCAUCAUCUGGACAAUCAGUGCCAUCUGUCAAAACGGUUAUUGGUCGUAUCCAAGCACAAAAUGUCAUUGGAUUACAUAAUUUGCAAAAUUUACAAAUCCCAACGACUCGACACUACCGAUCAAUCACAUCCAUUUGUUCGUUAUCAUCCAUGAGUUCCUCUCAAAAAGAGUUCUGCAUUCAAAAGUUCUCAACAGCUGCCUUAGACGGAAGAAUUGUGUAUUGGAAUUUGGAUGAGUUGAGCAAGUCCUUAGGAAUCUCAUUGUAUUGA